AUGCAUGCACUCCGUAAUAUGUAUAUCCCCAACCUCUUUGUCUCUUCUGCCAUCGGUAGAUCUAGCAUCGACGUCUCUCGUCUCUCGUCUCUCGUCUUUGUCGUCUCCCUGCUGUCUUCCUGUUGGCUGCUGGCGAUGCCGGGGAUGCUGGCUGCCGUUGACGCCGCCCAACCCAUCGCCAUCCCUCCGGCCAGCCGUCCAGCCCGUGGAAAGCCUUCAAAGCCGCAGCUCGUUCGCGGUUGUUUGCUUAGUGAGCAGCCAGAGAAAAGCAACUUUUUUUUUUUUUCUUCCUUUCGCUUUUCGACCUUCAAAACCUCGAAAAACCUCCCAGACGUCAAGCAAAGCAAAGCGACGACGACAGCGACGACAGCGACAUCGCCAGCUCGAAGCCAGCCCUCCCUUGCUGCCUCUUCGUUGCUCCUCCCAGGCGUCUGCUUUUGGCCCGACGAUGCGACGCUCGCUCUGAUCGCCAGCUCUUCUCUCGCUCUCUCUCUCGCCCCGUCCACGGAAAGGCGUGGACCCCCCCCCCCCCCCCCCCCCCCGGGUUGCGAUGGAACUCCAGCGCUGCUACUGACACUCAUCCAGUUCGGCCAGCCUGACAAGUCCCUCGCAGCCACUCCCUAUCCUCUCUCCCCUUCUCCCUCCUCCUCCUCCCUUCUUGCUCGUCUUCUUUCUCCCUUUCUCUCUCCCUGCUUUCCGUGCUUUCUUCUACGGCUGCUGCUGCUCGGCGGGCUACCACGGCAGACUCUUGCAGCCAUGGAUAUCAGGGACCUCAUCACGCCAAACUCCAGCAGGCAGGAGAAGGCUGUCCGCUCGCCAGCCCCUGUGCCGUCGCCUCGCCCUCGCUCGCACCGGGGGAACACGCCGCAGACGGCCUGGGCUGGCAGUGGAGGCGUGCAUGGCAACGGGACAGGUCCAAGGCAGACCCAGUCCCAGGCACAACCACAGGCACAGACGCAGACUCAGACGCAGACACAGGCAUCACAGACACCACAGGCUCAGAUACACACCCCAAACAGCGCCCGGGGCCCACAGACUCCCUCUACGCCCGGCAUAGACGCCCUCGUCGAGGCUGCGCACAUCAAGAGAGCGGAACCGUCGCCAUCGACUGCCUUCCCCAUCGUGCCGCCAGCCGCUGCGCAACACAACACGCCAACUCCUCGGCCGUCUGGGUACGACGGUGCUGCUGAACCCGUUGCCGAUGCGCCCAGACGUGACUUCAGUGGCACCUGUCUCAGUCCAGAGGCCCAGCAGACGGCCGCCCAGUUGUACAGCAACAUCCAGAAGAACCACUACGCCUACGAGGACCGCGUCAACUUCAUCCGUCUGUUGCACCAGGGCUUCGUCGACCACAUCUACCCGCCAGCCUCGCCCGACUCGCACGGCGAUCCUCACCGCUUCGACGUGCUCAAGGACCUCAAGGCUGCUCGAGAAGAGCUCGACAGCCUGUUCGCCAUCGGAGAGGAUCUCUGGGCCGAGUGGAUCCAGGACGAGAGCCUGCUCGCCCGCACCGUCAACGAGCGCAUAGCCGUCAUGGAGCUCUGUCGCCGCUCCGUCGAGGAGGAAUACGGCAGCACCAAGCUCUGGGUCAUAUACGGUGAGUGGAUGCUCUACCUCUACAAGGCCUCCGCCGGUGACAGAGACGGGUCCGGCCGCGGCCACUGGUCGGACGAGGACAGGAUCAUCGGCCGCGAGGUCUUCACCUGGCAGUCCGUCGUCGAGGUGUGGAAGGCCGGUGCCGAUGCUACAAAGUGGCGCAUCAAUGACUGCCAUCUCGUCUGGAACCGCUACCUCGAGCUACUCAUGCAGGACGUCGACGCCUCGCCUUCGCAGGAACGAGUCUCCCAGCUCCGUGUGCUCUUCGAGAGUAGGCUGCAGACACCGCACGCCGGCUGGGACGAUACCUUCCAACUCUUCUCCAACUUCGUCUCCAAGUACUACAACGCCAACUACGAGGACCUCAUGGUCGACGCCAGGAGCAAGGCUGCCGAGGCAAAGGCUAUGUACGCUGCUCGCGAGACGCGUGAAGCCGCCUUGCACAGAACCAUUGAGCUCAAGGACACCAAUGCCGAGUGGACCACUUUCCAGGAGUAUCUCGACUGGGAGCUCUCCAAGCCGCAGCGGAGAAAGGGACAGCAGCAGCAGCAGCAGCAGCAGCUACAGCCACUCCGCCUUGAGCUAAUCACUUCACUUUACCAGCGUGCCGUCCUCCGUUUCCCCACAGACGCUACUCUCUGGGAAGACUACGUCAUGUUUCUCAUUGACGAGUCCAUGGACGGGCCCAUGGGUGUCUCACCCAUCCCGGUGAUCGAGCGUGCAACCCGACACUGUCCCUGGUCCGGCGCCCUGUGGUCGCAGCUUUUCAUCAGCGCCGAACGGGCUGGUCUCUCCUUCGCCGAGAUUCUCGAGCUUAAGCACAAAGCCACGCGUUCUGGGCUUCUCGACGCUGCAGGUAUCAACGAGGUCUUGAAAGUCCACACUACCUGGUGCAGCUACCUUCGCCGCUGGGCACUUCAGCCAGAAUCCACAGACGAAGACCUCGACGUUGCCGAAGUCGGUAUCCGCUCCGCCAUUGAAUCCGUCCAGGAGCUCGGCGACAAGACUGACAAGGCCGUCCCCAAUGACCCGCUCUUCCACCUAGAGCGCAUCUACAUUCGCUACCUUAGUGCGCGCGGAAGCUGGGACAGCGCACGCGAGGAAUUCAAACACCUCAUCCCCCGCCACGGACACAGCUUCGAGUUCUGGCUGGCGUACUAUACCUGGGAACUCCUCUCAUGGAGCAAGUUCAUGCCCUGCGAUUCUUCAGCGAGUGCAUCCCGACGGAUGCCGAACCCAAGCUACGCUACCGCAGUGUUGAAACAGGCUUUGCAACGGACAGAUCUAGACUGGCCGGAGAAGAUUAUGGAUGCCUACAUUUCACACUGUGAACAUUACGAAGACGCAGACGAGUCUCAACUUGCCAUUAUUGAUGUUCGGAAGGCCAUGAAGGCAUUGACAAAACGCAGGCAACGAGAGGCCUUGCAGCAACAGCAACAGCAGCAGCAGCAACAACAACAACAACAGUAUCAUCAUCAUCAGCAACUUGCAAAUCACCAAUAUCAUCAGGUCCAACAUGCUCAACAUGCUCAACAUGCUCCGGUCUCGGUGGGGCCCCACCCGGAUUCCGUGGAGCAGCAAUACCACUACCCCGACGAAACUCAACUUGCUGGUAAAAGGAAACGCGAGGGUGAGCCGGAGGUGAAUGGCACAGUCUCGAAGAGGGCAAAAGGUGGUGCCAUCCCGUCGGUAGAAACACGCGCCCGAGACCGAGAGCAUGCAAGUGUCAUAAUCAAGAACUUGCCAAAGGAUAUCCCGCAGGUCAAGAUUAGGCAGUUUUUCCGAGACUGUGGAAAGCUCAAUUCCCUUCAGAUGCUCCCCGGCGACUCCGGAUCUGCAUUGCUCGAGUUUGAUACCCAUGAAGAUGCCCUGGCCGCCGGCACAAAGAAUCAAAAGGUUCUAGAAGGCAACCAGGUGACUGUUGAGCCAGUUACAGACACUACAAUCUUUGUAACCAACUUUCCGCCCACAGCGGAUGAAAAUUAUAUUCGUGAGCUCUUUCAUUCGUAUGGAGAAAUUGCCGAAGUGCGAUUCCCAUCACUUAAAUUCAAUACCCACCGCCGCUUCUGCUAUGUUCAGUUCACCUCUUCUUCAUCAGCAUACGCCGCCACUGAGCUUGACAAGAAAGAUCUCGGUGAUGGUCUAGAAUUGGUGGUCAAAAUCUCUGACCCGUCGCAGCGACAGGCUCGGUCUGGCGCUUACGAGGAAGGCCGAGAGAUAUAUGUCUGUAACAUACCCUACAAGACCACAGAGGGAGACCUUGUUGAACUCUUCACCGCCUAUGGGGACGUUGAGUCAGUUAGGAUACCCACCAAGGUGAAUGGAGAAACUAGAGGUUUCGGUUUCGUCACUUUUGCUACAAAGCUAGAUCGAGCAGUUAUACUAACCUCAGAUAAGGAUCAAUCAACCGCUGCCCUGGCUAUGAACGAAAAGACGUUCAAGGGCCGAGAGCUAAAUGUUCGGCUCUCGACCAACACCGGAGCCAAACGCCAUCAGAAUACAAUUGUCUCACGAUCUGAAUCACCAGCCACUAACGCUCAACGUAACGGAACCAGCACCGCCUCACCCCCACCAGGCUCACUGCCCGAUGGCCAGAGCAAGGGCAAGGGAGACCGCCAUCUGCGCACCUUGGGCUUAAUGAACAUCCCGGACACGGUGAACGAUACCCGAAUUCGUGCUCUUGCAGAGCCACACGGCGUUCUGGUGAAGAUCAAUCUGCGGCCCGACCAUCAAGGUGCUAUCAUCGAGUAUGCCGACACGCAUGAUGCAGGUAAAGCCUCAUUGGCCCUUGAAGGGUACGAGAUUACUCCCGGGAGAUUCAUCCACGUAGGUUCGGUAAAGGAGAUGUUACAGCAAAAGGCAGAGCAUAAGAUUGACAGGAUCCCCAUUGGCAAGGAAAAGGGUAAAGUCAGCGGUGCCACAACAUCCGGCAGCGGCACUACUGGUGGCAGCAAGAUGAUGACCCAGCCCUCUGCCCCAAUAAGACGACCAAACCAGUCUUCUGGCAGCGGACGCAGAGGCGGAUUAGGAGUCAAGCGCGGCGGAUCAGGUAUUCCGUCGAGGGACAAACCGCCCGGCUCAACGACUAAUCAUCAUGAUGAUACCGACGGCCAGAAAUCGAAUCAGAAACAGUCCGAACCUACGACGACACGGAAUAAGACGAAUGACGACUUUCGAGCAAUGUUAUCACAGCCCAAGUGA